AUGUCCCCUGACCAUUUUUCUUUUCUUUCUUUCGUUAUUUCUUUGUUUACUUCUCUCUCUCUAUCUCUCUCUAUCUCUCUCUCUCUAUCUCUCUCUAUCUCUCUCUCUCUCUUUCUAAUGAAAAUUUUCUCUAUCUCUCUCUCUCUCUCUAUCUCUCUCUCUCUCUCUCUCUCUCUCUCUCUAUCUCUCUCUAUCUAUCUAUCUAUUAAAAAACAGUCCCUUAUUGAUAUCUAUCUAUCUAUCUAUCUAUCUAUCUAUCUAAGCUUAUUAAUAUCUAUCUAUCUAUCUAUCUAUCACAUCUAUCUAUCUAUCUAUCUAUCUAAACUUAUUAAUAUCUAUCUAUCUAUCUAUCUAUCUAUCUAUCACAGUCUAUUUCUAUCUAUCUAUCUAACUAAGCCUAUUAAUAUCUAUCUCAGUCUAUUUCUUUCUAUCUAUCUAUCUAUCUAUCUGUCUACCACAGUCUAUUUCUAUCUAUCUAUCUAUCUAUCUAUCUAUCUAUCUAUCUAUCUAACUAAGCCUAUUAAUAUCUAUCUAUCUAUCUAUCUAUCUAUCUAUCUAUCUAUCUAUCUAUCUAUCUAUCUCAGUUUCACCUCUCCAUCUCUCUCUCUCUCUCUUGCACUCUCUCUCUCUCUCUCUUGCACUCUCUCUCUCUCCCUUGCACUCUCUCUCUCUCUCUUGCACUCUCUUCCAAUCAUUUCUAUCUCUAAUAUAAAAUUGUUUUUUUCUUUACUUUAUAUCCUUUCCCGCUCUUUUCGCCUCAGUAUUCAUAAUUUAUUUUCUUCCUUCUAUCGAAUGCCAACGCAUUACAUAGCUUUAGUCAUCUUUACCGCUGACAAGAAAACCAACCCCGGACAAGCAGCGCAUAUCAAUCUUUUUAAUUAUUUGUUUACUUAUUACUUUCUUUCUUUCUUUCUUUCUUUCUUUCUUUCUUUCUUUCUUUCUUUCUUUCUUUCUUUAUCCUUCCACUUUUUUCUCUUUUUCUUGUUUUCUUUCUUUCUUUCUACUUUCCUUCUUUUUUUUCUUCUUUCUUUCGUUUUAAUUUUCCUUCUUUCUUUUUUCUUUCUUUCUAAAUUUCCUUCUUUAUUUAUUUCUAUCUUUUUGAUUUUCUUUCAUUAUAAAUUUCUUUCUUUCUUUCUUUGUUUCAUUCUAUAUUACUUUUUAAAUUUCCUUCCUUCCUUCUUUAUUUCUUUUUUCGAAAUUUUCAUUCCUUCUUUUUUUUCGAAAUUUCUUUCUUUCCUCCUUUCUCUCUUUCUUUCUUUCUUUCUUUCAUUCUUUCUUUCUUUCUUUCAUUCUUUCUUUCUUUCUAAUUUCCAUCUUUCUUUCUGUCUUUUCUUCUUUCUUUCGUUUUAA